AUGUUUCAGUCUAUGCGUGUUUCCGUCCGAGUCCCUCUGCGCUCGGUGCGCUGGAACUCCACGGCCGGUCCGACUCUGCCGCCGUUGAUGGCCACACUGCGCAAUGAUCUGAAGACGGCAAUGAGGGCAAAGGAUACUCCUCGCCUUAAUGUUCUUCGUGCCUUGAUCUCCGAGACCAACAACGCGGCCAAAACUGCCUCUCCCAUUCAAACCGAUAUCCAGCUUCUCUCUCUAAUUCGGAAACGAGCAUCCGCCUCCAAAGAGGCUGCCCAACAAUUCGCCGAAGCCGACCGACCAGACUUGAAGGAAAAAGAAGAUGCUCAGAUUGCGAUCUUGGAGGAGUAUGCCGGCCACGUCAAGACCCUGACAGUGGAGGAAGUUGAGGCUGUAAUCACCAAGGAAAUCGCUGCUAUCAAGGAAGCCGGUAAGAAGCUGGAGGUCGGACAGGUCCUGAAGGCUCUGUUCGCCCCCGGUGGUGCCCUCGAUGGUAAGCCCGCAGACCGGAAAGAGGUUGCUGGGCUGGUCAAGAAGGCUGUCUCUGCUUGA